CGCGGCAAAGCCCCGCGGCUGAGUUAUGGCAGCAGAGCUGGCGCCGCAAGGCAACCGGCAGCCAGCGAGAAGCAAUGCUUUCGUGCUGAGUUAGAGGGCCCUGGGGAACCGCAGCUCUCAAGGCCACCCACCAGCUACUUCUAAAGCUUGAUAAUAACUGGAUCACAGCUGGAGCAGCCGUGCGGUCUAAACGUGAGCCGCUUGGGAGCGUGGAUGCUAGAACAGCAUCUGCUUCGUGUCACAGAUUCAGCUGUACUUGCCUACCACAGAGAUGGACAGCGAAGUGCAAAGGGACGGCAGAAUCUUGGAUUUGAUUGACGAUGCAUGGAGGGAAGAUAAAUUGCCGUAUGAGGACGUGGCCAUCCCAUUGAACGAACUUCCUGAACCAGAACAAGACAAUGGUGGCACGACCGAGUCUGUGAAAGAGCAAGAAAUGAAGUGGACAGAUCUGGCUCUCCAGUAUCUGCAUGAAAAUGUUCCCCCCACAGGAAACUAGCCGAUCAGUGAGACUUCAUGCAGUGAAUGCAUGAAGGCAAUACAAAAAUGUUUUUCAGCUAACCAUUGCUGCCCUAAGUUUCUCUAAGGAGGAAACAAAGCUUCUGAAAAAGCAUUGUAUUCAAAAAACUGUUCUACUCACAGUGACAGAACACACUUUGAAGUGCAUCUAUAAUCAAUGUGAAAUAACUAUGGCUAUCUGAAACCUCAGAGCUGGUAUCAGAACGUUUCUUUACUUAUACAAAAUUAUUUCCUAUCUUCUGUUAACUUGUUUUUAAGUUGGUGCCAAUACUGAUCUUAAUUGUUUUCUACCUGUGAUCAAAGAAGUAAUUUUUAUUGUC